AUGGCAGAAUCACACCUUGGAAUAUGUGGAGCACAUCAAGCUGGAAUUAAGAUGAGAUGGCUUCUUAGAAGGUAUGGCUAUUACUGGAAAGGCAUAUUGAAAGAUUGCAUAGAGUUUGCAAAAACUUGCAUUCCAUGUCAAGAACAUGGCCUUAUCCAAAGAGUUCCAGCUAUUAACAUGCAGCCGGUAGUAAAAAUAUGGCCCUUUAGAGGAUGGGCUUUGGAUUUUAUUGGAAAAUUAAAGCCUCCAUCUUCAGAUGGCCAUACUCACAUAGUGGUGGCAACAGAUUAUUUCACAAAGUGGGUGGAAGCCAUUCCACUAAAGAAUUGUGAGCAGUCAACGGUGAUUGAUUUUAUCAAGAAGCACAUUAUACAUAGGUUUGGAAUUCCAGAGACUAUCACCACUGAUAGAGGUUUUUCCUUUGUUGGAAGCAAGGUCUUGGAUUAUUGUGCUGAGUGUGGUGUCCAAACAGAAGCUUUCAACAAAAUAAUUCUCAAUAUCCUUGAAAAGAUGAUUGAGGAUCUACCAAAGGAGUGGCAUCAUUUACUUUCUGAGGCCCUUUGGGCUUACAGGAAUUCAAAAAGGUCAAGUACUGGCGUCACACCAUAUAUGCUUACAUAUGGGCAUGAUUCCGUCCUUCCAAUGGAGAUGACUAUCAGAUCUGCAAGGGUGGCUUUCCAAAAUAGGCUAAAUCCAGUAGAUUACAACCAUGCCAUGUUGGCAGAAUUAGAAGAUCUUGAUGAAGUCCGUCUCAAUGCCUUAGACCACAUUAUUGCUCAAAAGAAGAAAGUCAUGCGAGCAUACAACAAGAAGGUCAAGGCGAAGACAUUCGUUAAAGGAGACUUGGUAUGGCAAGUCAAGUUUCCACCAGGAUUUAAAACCUUGGAGUAUGGAAAAUGGACUCCUAAUUGGGAAGGUCCUUACUUGGUGGAACGAGUCCUUGGAAAAGGGGCUUAUAGAUUGAUGGACAUAGAUGGAGGGUCUCAUAGGCAUCCUGUGAAUGGUGUGUACUUGAAAGAGUACCACCCUUCCAUCUAUGAAGAUUGGAAAGCUACAUUUAUUCAACCAGCCACGUAG